CAAUAUCUCUUGUAAAAAAAAGUUAUUGUUUGUCAAUGUCAUAUCAGUGAUAUCAGUCUUGUCACUUGAGUUUUGAGUUGCAAAAUAAAGUAACCUUUUGCACUCAAAUUAUUUUUUGAUUUAAAAUUAAUAUCCACUUUACACUACCAAACAAUUAUUUAACUGACCUUAAAGCUAGCCUUUAAAGUAUAUAUUACCGGUUUGUAGCGUCAUGGAAGUGUCUCUUCGCUCUUUUCGGAUUUUUUGCCGGUUUAUGCGUAAUUCGUCUUCAGUUACAUCAUGUAGGCAAGUUUCAGAUAUUACUGGAGCAUCAGUAAAGGAAGAGGUCAACUCGGCACUGGUGAACGCUUAUAAUGCUGAUAUUAAAGCAGGAGGAGCAGUUCCCGUAUUCCGACGAGCCUUGCUGUUCCCCUCACGCGUGGCGCUACAGGAUGAGGUGGGGAUCUACACCUACGCUGGCCUGCAUCAGGCUGCCAGCCAACUCAGCCAAGAAAUCUCUACGCAGCUGGCGGGCGAUUGCGAGAAGACGAUCUGCUACAUGUGUGGCAACAACGCUUCGCACGUUAUCGUACAGUGGGCUAUCUGGAUGUCUGGCAACAUAGCCGUACCCCUGACCCCGCUCCACCCUCCGGAGAUGCUCAAGUACUUCGUACAAGACAGCACAGCGAGUCUAGUCAUAUGCACCAAUGAAUACGAAAAUAUCCUCCGCCCACUGACUAAAGACAUGAAGAAACCUCUACUAGUCACUGGAAAGGACAAGGAGAUAACCGCUCAGUUAUACCAACCCAACAACUCAUUCUCGUCCAAGGAAGAGGUGACUGACGUUGGAAGAUCUAACUUGUGGUACGGAGAGAAAGACGCGCUACUUAUCUAUACUAGUGGGACCACAAGCAAGCCCAAAGGCGUCGUAUGGACACAUUCCAUGCUCAGCGCUCAGAUAGCGUCUCUCCACCAAGCAUGGCGGUAUUCCCGACAAGACGUAGUUCUUCACGCGCUGCCGCUGCAUCAUAUCCACGGACAGCUCAAUUCCAUGCUAUCCACCCUCGCGGUUGGCGGCAGAUUACGAAUGCUGCCCUCCUUCGUGCCGCACACCGUGUGGGCACGUCUACUUGGGAUGGGCGAACGGGAGGAAGCCAAAGUGACCGUAUUCCACGGAGUGCCGGCAAUGUACGCUCGCCUCGCCGCCGACCACGAGAAGAUGUUCCAGACGCCGAAAACUGCGGAAUAUGUCAAAACCACGCUUCAGAGGAUGAGACUCAUGUGUGCCGGCUCCGCGCCGCUGCCGGAGUCCCUGUUCCAUAAAUGGGAACAGAUAUCAGGCCAGCGUCUCCUCGAGCGCUACGGCAUGUCCGAAGUGGGCAUGGCAUUGUCCAACCCAUACCGACCGAUCUCCGCGCGUGCGGUCGGAUGCGUCGGCAUGCCGCUGCCUGGAGUUGCUGCACGCAUUGCUAUUAAUGUCGACGGCGAGCUAAAGCCUGUUGUCACUGUUACGGCUCCCCCUAUAGAUACUAAGAUAUCUCUAGAACAAUCCUCUCUAACCUCCAAGGAUACUAAAGACACCUGGACCACAGCAGAGGUGACCAGACACAUGGAUACUGACUGUCAGGGCGAGCUGCUGCUUAAGGGUCCUGGAGUUUUCUCAAGAUACUACAACCGGGACCGGAAAUCGGACGAUUUUACCCCUGACGGCUGGUUCCGUACGGGCGACACGGCCUCCUUCAGCGACAACUUCAGGAUCCUCGGCAGAACCUCCGUUGACAUAAUUAAGACCGGUGGAUACAAGGUGAGCGCUCUGCAAGUGGAGUCGGCCAUUCUGGAGCACCCGCGGGUGGCGGACGCGGCCGUGCUGGGGAUCGACGAUCCGAGCUACGGCGAAGUCGUCUCCGCGGUCGUCGUUCUUAAAGACCAGGCCACCAUGACUCUGCAGGAAUUGAAAGAGGAAGCCAGCAAGCGCCUCGCGCCGUACCAGGUGCCCAGAAAACUGUUGGUGGUGAAGGAAAUGCCCAGGAACGUGAUGGGAAAACUAGACAAGCAGAAAAUACGUGAACUGUAUCGUGAGGAGUUGAAGAUGUAAUGCAGUACUCGUGGAACAAAAAGGUACUUAUGGUGAUAUUGUCAGGAUAAGCUAUGUAACCCUGUCCAAAUAAGUCUAUUAUCAAAAUAUUCAGUACAAAAGUUAUAUAUAAGAAAGUAUUGCUUGUAAUCAAUGAACUAGAAUAAUUAUAAGUCUGUUUAAAACUCAAAAAUUACCUCACCUUAAACAUUUUUUUAUGGCUUUUUUAGGGUUAAACCGUAAUUGUGAAACCAACGUCUGUUCUCAGUCUCCUUGCCAGAGUAAAAUAAAUUGGUACCACUGAUAAUCCGCAACAUGCCGACGAACGUAUAAAAUCUUGCCAGGGUAUAGAUACUAUAUGUACUAUAUGUACUGUACUAUAGAUUCAGUGAUAUAGAUCUGUAAAGACAAAUUCAAGCUUUCAUAUUGAUCACUGGUGCAGGUGGCGUUAUACAGCUCCGUACAUUAUGCUGUAACUCUGGUUGUCAGAACUUGACGUUUGACAAGACCACAAAACAUGGCAUAAUACAAUGCAACCUAUUUCAGCUGCCAAAUUGCGUCAUAAUGUUUUCUUGAACCGUAAAACCACCCAACUAUAGUCCAAUACUGCAACUAUGGUCCACAAGUUCAAAAGGAAAUUAAGUAUCUAUACCAAUGUUCCUUUUGGUUUACUCUUAGUUUUACCUUCCAUUUAUAAACAUACUUUGCCUUAGAACUACAAAAAUAUAGUAAAAUACACACCUGAACGAGAAAAAUUGAGUUUAUUUGUGGACCAUGGUUAGGAGCUUUGGACUACAAUUGGGUGGUUUACAAAUAAAUCUUUGCGUUUAACGGAUAUAUCAGUAUGUAACUGAACGUAAAUUUAUUACUCAAACCACCAUACUGAGAAACUUUUACUAUGGACCCCGAAAUCGCGAAUAAAAAUUGACUCUCAACAUCAGGCCAUCAGACCAGCAAAAUGUAUGAAACAGACAAAAAUUUUUUCGCGAUUUCGGGGUUGGUCCCAUAGUAAAAGUUGCUCAGUAUGACUUGAACAUUAACGGGUUUAAGUAAUUACUUCAUGUUCAGUUACUUGCUGUAUAGAAUACGCUUACAAAUUGCCUUAAAUGCCUUUAAUAAAUAUAGCUUUUUGUAUUGUUUUUAAAUAAACUAUUAUUGUUGUUUUCUAUUUUAAGUGAAAUAAAAUGCAUUUAUUGAUUGUUAUUGUUGUUAUAAUUUAAUAAAUAAUGUUCAUAAUAAUACAAAUACUUAUGUUGUGUAAUUCAUUUGUUGAAUAAAUGACAUUUGCUUUGAAAA